ACUUCUGUAUCUGUUUUGACCAAAUUUAUCUCCAAACAACACUGUCAAGAUUCCUUAAUCCUCUGAAACUUGGUGAAAAACAUGACAGAAGUGAACAUAUUCCAAUAUUUGAUGAUUGAAAUGACAGAAAUAGGUAUGAGUUGCAGUCAUCUGAUUACAGGUAACUACUUUUUCACUUUGUGUAAUUUGCAAGAAACUUUGGGGGAGUGAAAACUGCAUGGCUUUAGUAGAAGCUUCACUCACCUAACAUGGUAAAAAUGACACACUGCAUCACUGCAUGCCACUCCUUUAUAACACUGCUAUGGUCAUUCACCAUAGUCUGCAGAAACUCAAGAAACUAGCGAGUCUCAGCAGAAGAGUACAGAGAAUGAGAAUCAUGGCUUCUUGGGUUCGGGGCGUGGUGCUAGUGGCUCUUGCAGCUCUCAUUUGUCCCGAGCCAGUUGAGUCUGUUGUUCGACAUUACAACUUCAGAGUGGUGAGCAAGAACACGACAAGAAUGUGCUCGAGCAAGCCCAUCGUUGUAGUGAAUGGGAAGUUCCCGGGGCCUAGUUUGUAUGCCAGAGAGGACGAUACAGUCAUUGUGAGGGUUGUCAAUCAUGUUCAAGAAAAUGUUUCGAUCCACUGGCAUGGGGUGAGACAACUGCGAACCGGGUGGUCAGAUGGGCCGGCAUACAUUACUCAGUGCCCAAUACAGACAGGCCAGACCUUCAUCUACAACUUCACCCUCACAGGACAAAGAGGCACCCUUCUUUGGCAUGCACAUAUCAACUGGCAAAGGGCAACGGUGCACGGUGCCAUUGUCAUCUUGCCUAAACGAGGCGUCCCUUAUCCCUUUCCUAAACCCGACAAGGAAGAAGUCAUAGUACUAGGAGAAUGGUGGAAGUCAGAUGUUGAGGCUGUGAUCAACCAGGCAAUGCAGUCAGGAAUGGCACCAAAUGUAUCAGAUGCUCACACUAUUAAUGGCCAUCCUGGACCUACUCCAAAUUGCUCUUCAAAGGGAUACACACUAGAAGUGGAGAGCGGCAAGACCUACUUGCUGCGAAUUGUUAGCGCAGCAGUGAACGAGGAGCUGUUUUUUAAGGUUGCAGGACACAACCUAACUGUAGUCGAGGUUGAUGCUAGCUAUGUUAAGCCUUUCAAGACAGACAACAUUUUCAUCGGUCCAGGACAGACGACGAACGCACUCUUGACAGCCGACCAGAACGCUGGCAAAUACCUGAUAGCCAUUUCGCCUUUCAUGGACACCAUAGUAGCCACAGACAACCAAACCGCCAAGGGCACUCUACACUACAAAGGCACACAGGCCUUAACCUCAACUAUCCUCACUGCCAUGCCCCCGAGAAAUGCCACUCCUGUCACAAGCACUUUCAUGGAAGGCCUUAAAAGCCUGAACUCAAAGAAAUUCCCCGCGAAUGUCCCAUUGCAGACUGAUCAUUCCCUACUUUUCGCGAUUGGUGUUGGGAUCAAUCCGUGCUCAACCUGCCUGAAUGGAAGCCGGGCAGUUGCAGAUAUCAACAAUAUCAGUUUUGUUAUGCCCACCACUGCUCUUCUGCAGGCUCACUACUAUAACAUCAGUGGGGUUUUCACAGACGAUUUCCCCGGACAGCCAGCCAUUCCUUUCAACUAUACUGGGACUCCACCAGCAAAUUUGCAGACACAGAAUGGCACAAAGGUCUAUAGACUAGCCUUUAAUGCCACUGUGCAGGUUGUGUUCCAGGGCACUUCUAUGAUUGCACCAGAAAGCCAUCCAACCCAUCUUCAUGGGUUUAACUUCUUUGUAGUUGGGAAAGGAGUUGGCAACUUUGACCCCCAAAAUGACCCCAAGAAUUUCAACCUUGUUGAUCCUGUUGAGAGGAACACCAUCAGUGUACCAACUGCAGGAUGGACUGCAAUCAGAUUCAGAGCAGAUAACCCCGGGGUUUGGUUUCUACACUGUCAUCUAGAAGUGCAUACAACAUGGGGACUCAAAAUGGCUUUUGUGGUGGACAAUGGGAAGGGCCCUAAUGAAUCAAUCCUGCCUCCUCCUAGUGACCUGCCUAGUUGUUGAUGAAAACAACCAAAGCUCUGUCUGGUUUCAUGGGAGCUGAGGUCAAGAAAAAAAGAACAACUUUUGAUGAAUAAAAGAGUUAGGAGACAAAGAUUUGUUUGUGGGGAAGCGUUGAGGCUCUCCAGACAAAAAUUUAAUUUCAUGAAAACCUUUGAAGGUUCUUGAUACUUGUUACUGUUUUAAGUUUGUAAUGUUUUCUUGUUUUCUUUAAAAAUAUAUAGAAGGAUUUUC